AUGUCGAAAUCAGCUAUUCGCAUACUUCCGGUCACCCUCACGGACAAUGCCAAUUCAACAGCUCUCACGGAUCUCGAAGCAAUAUAUGCGAUCGAAACAACUGCUUUCCAAAUCGGAAGAAGCGCGCAAGAUACGGCCCUCCAUCAGCUUAUGUUCGGGCCUCCGUCCGUCGUCAGCCAGAACCAGCGCGCAGACGAGCUGCGAAUGAAACUGAAGAGCGAUUCUACGUUCAGAAUCUACAAAGCAGUCCUUGUGGACGAGAUCUCAUCUGACUAUCAAAAAGACGAAAAAAUUGUUGGUUUCGCGAUCUGGAAUUUUUAUAAUCCCAAGCCCCGCUGUAUCAGGCAGGAGAACAAUAAGCGAAUAUCUCCGCAUCGUCCGCGGAUCUUCAACGAUUUCUUCGGCGCACUGGCUAGAAAGAGAGAGGCUUUCAUGGGCAAUGGCAGAUUUGCGCAUCUAGAAUUUCUCGCCAUCCUACCACCCUACCAAAGACUUGGCAUUGGGCAGGAUUUGCUUAGCGUGGGUCUUGAAGAAGCUGAUAGAAGGGGAAUUCCCGCAUGGGUAGAGUCUACUACCGAGGCCUAUGGGCUUUACCGGUCUCGCGGUUUUUCUGAGGUGGUUGAGGUCACCAUGGAUCUGAGAAAGUACGGUGCAGACGGAAUA